CUAGAUCUAACCCGUGGACCUUGGGAUCUUUCCCCGCUAUCAAGUGUAUAUAAAGCCAUGGUAGCACUGGUUGCCCUUACCAUUAAGCCUCGAACCGCCUAUUCUUCCAGAAGACGGAGUCUAUCAAAGAACCACAAUGUUCAAACUUCCCUACCUUCUGUCUUUUAUGGCAGCAUCAGUCUCUUCACUCCUCUUCCCUAACCCUCUUGGCCCCUACGACGUCUACCGCCAAACCACAAAACUAGUUGACACCACCCGAACCGAUCCCUUCUCCCCUAACCAAGACUACCGCGCAGUCCUAACCACAAUCUUCACCCCAACAAUCUGCUGCACCUCCCUCCUACCAAGGCCCUACAUUCCCGCCGCAACAGCAAAAUUCUACACGGAUCUCUUCACCACAUAUGGCCUCACCAUCCCCGACGGCGCAUUAACCUCACUGCAGCUGCAGACCUGCCCAGAUCCCCCAGGCCCACAUUCAAGGACCCAGCCCAGAAAAUUCCCUAUAAUUAUCUUCUCACCCGGCCUUGGCACAACUCGCCUCUUCUACACCAUCCUCGCGCAAUCCCUGGCAAGCGCUGGAUAUAUCGUCGUCUCCAUCGAUCAUCCCUAUGAUACGGAGUUCCUUGAGUUCCCGGACAGAACCGUCGUGACUGCCGCGAAUAUCACAGAUGACCUUGUUCCAUUGGAUGUUGACACUCGUGCGCGCGACAUGAGCUUUGUACUCGACCAGCUGCGCCUAGGCGCUAUGGGUGUCCGGGUCAGAAGGACUGCGGAUGUCGCGGUCCUCGGCCACUCACUCGGUGGUGCCGCAGCAGCCGAAGCGAUGCGGCAGGAUUCUCGGUUCCGUGCGGGGAUUAAUCUCGACGGGUCAAUGUUUGGGCCUGUAGUCCACCAGGGACCUGGGGAUGAUGACGAAAGGCCUUUCUUGCUCUUCGGUCAUGAGAAUAAGACGCAUGCCACAGAUCCUUCGUGGGCAGAGUUUAUUAAUAAUUGGGGACAAGGCGGGAUGCUGGAGCUGGAGUUGAAGAAGGCGGAGCAUUAUGCAUUCUCGGAUUUGCCGUCUUUACUGGAUCUUUUGGGCUUGGAUGGGAGGCAGGUGCCUGCGGUAAAGGCUAUGGUUGGCUCUCUGGGUGGGGAGAGGGCGUUGGAAGUUAUCCAAGGUGUGAUUGAAGGGUUUCUGGAGGAAGGGUUUUGCCAGGGUUCGCCAGAGAGGCUGCUGAAUUACCUAGAGCUUUAUCCGGAGGUAGAGGUCGUUAAAAAGUGCUAGUAGAAGAGAGCACUCGCUGGUUUUUUCUUCCAACGCUGAGGACGGAAAAGAUAUAAAUAAUUGGUCUAAACACAUCUGUUACAGGUAGUAAUUAUUUAUAUUAUACCCUUGAAGGACUAUUCACACUCAAUCUAGAAGCAGUCAUAUACCAUAAACUAAUAAACAUGUCCAG